GUUUCAGGUUUACUCUAUAAAUGUAAUCUAGAGGCUGGAUGCGGACAGCAGUUAUCUGACAUUCUUCACUGGGUGAAAGCUCUUUAUGGAACUUGUUACAUACAAUUUCUAUUCCACUAUUUUCAAAUUAAAAAUAUAUGUAAUUCAUGGUAUAGUUUCUGUUUUCCACAAGUUACAUUUUUGUCAAAUUGUGUCCUGGGGCAGCAAUGUGAGUUAAAUGUGAUGUUUCAGUAUUAAGGGCCAGAAAAAAGAAGAUAUAAGAAAUGUCCACAAAGGCCCCAAUUUACCUGAAAAGAAGCACCCGUAAAGGGAAGCUAAGAGAUGUUCUCUCACCAGAUAUGAUCAGCCCACCCCUUGGAGAUUUUAGACACACUAUUCACAUUGGUAGUGGAGAGGGUGACAUCUUUGGCGAUGUUUCGUUUCUGCAAGGAAAGUUCCACCUUCUUCCUAGUUCAAACUCUAGCUCAGCCUCUCCCUCCCCUGCUUCAACACCACCACCUUGCCAUCCAGAUCUUCCAUCACCCCUGCUAAAGAACGCCAUCUCACUCCCAGUUAUAGGUGGGCCACAGGCACUCUCACUUCCUCAAUCUCCUCCUCCAAAACCGCCAAGACUUCACCUUGACGAAAGGAGUAGGAGCCCACCAAGAGAACCAGAAAGAACUUGCCCAAAGCUGGGUGUUACUGCCGAGGAACAGGAAGGACUGAUUCUUGCCCAUGCUGGAUCCCUCCUUUCACUGCAAGUUGACCUGGGCCCCUCCAUCCUUGAUGAUGUUUUGCAGAUAAUGGAUAGAGGAUAGACUAUUGAAGAUCUUCAAAGAUGGACAAACAAAGGGUUGGGUUGUUGUGAUAACUUGGAAAAGUUGACUGGUUUGUAAUACAUUUUAACACUACAUUUACUAACUGGAGAGAAGAAGUGUCAAGAGAAUAUACACUUUCUUGAACUGUUAUAAUGCUGAGCGUUUAUUUUCACUUAAAAUGUGACCUCUAAUCAUGCUGAAUGUUGAUUUUGUUAUUGAUUUGAAACAUGCUGCAUAAGACUAUCUUCUUAUUUGUACCUCUGCAACAAAUGAGCUGUGUACAUUGUAUGGUGGUACAGGGUAUGUUAACACUCCAAAUGAGCAGAGUUUGCUCUUUCAGAUGCCUAGUGCCUUAUUGUCAGAAUGCUUUUUAUUGUUUUUUUAAGACACUUUAUAUUUUUAUUAUGGCUAAUCUUUUAUGACCAAUUUGUAUAGCAAGUCCUUAGUAUGACCAAAUACAAGAUUUUUCUUUCUCAAACUCUUAUUUGUGAGCAUCUGUUUCAUUGGCUGUCAGUACAUGACAAUCAGCAGGGACAUCACAUUUUUUUAUUAUGUACAGCCCCAGCAUACUACUGUGAGCUGCAAUAAAACAGUGUUUUGUUUGUU